UUGUUUGGGAGGUAGCGCUUUUUCCUAAAAAGUCAUGCGCAUUGAACACACGUGUCCCCCUCAGUCUCAUUGCACACCGAAGAUGGCGGACGUUGAAAUGAACUCUGCCAAAAAACAGAAGAAGAAGAAGGAAAAGACAGUUGCUGAUGAUGAAGUUGGGGAUAUUCAGGAGAGUGGUGAUUUCCUCAUCAAACCAGAGUCCAAAGUUGCCAGUCUGGACACAUCUCAGUGGCCAUUGCUGUUGAAAAAUUUUGACAAACUCAACAUCAGGACAGCUCACUACACACCCUUGCCAAAUGGCUCGAACCCUUUGAAGAGGAACAUUCAGGAUUAUGUCCGGACAGGCUUCAUCAACUUGGACAAGCCUGCAAAUCCCUCCUCUCAUGAGGUGGUGGCCUGGAUCCGACGUAUCCUGCGAGUGGAGAAGACUGGCCACAGUGGCACCCUGGACCCCAAGGUGACAGGCUGCCUCAUUGUGUGUGUGGACCGAGCCACACGACUGGUCAAGUCCCAGCAGAGUGCAGGCAAAGAGUAUGUGGGAAUUGUUCGGCUGCACAAUGCUAUUGAGAAUGAGCACACACUUGCUAGGGGAAUUGAAACCCUCACAGGUGCUUUGUUCCAGCGACCACCUCUCAUCGCAGCCGUUAAGCGCCAGUUGAGAGUUAGGACCGUUUAUGAAAGCAAACUCAUCGAGUACGACCCAGAGAGGAGAUUGGGUAUUUUCUGGGUGAGCUGCGAGGCUGGGACCUACAUCAGGACUCUGUGUGUCCACCUGGGGCUCCUCCUGGGUGUUGGUGGUCAGAUGCAGGAGCUGAGGAGAGUUCGCUCUGGUGUUCUGGGAGAGAGGGACAACCUGGUGACCAUGCACGAUGUGCUGGAUGCUCAGUGGCAGUAUGACCACAACAAGGACGAGACGUACCUGCGCAGAGUCAUCUACCCGCUAGAGAAGCUUCUGGUGUCGCACAAACGUUUGGUCAUGAAAGACAGUGCAGUCAAUGCGAUCUGCUAUGGAGCGAAGAUAAUGUUGCCUGGUGUCCUACGAUAUGAGGAUGGCAUCGAGAUGAACCAAGAUAUUGUGGUGAUAACGACCAAAGGAGAGGCCAUUUGUAUAGCUACUGCCCUCAUGACUACUGCAGUGAUCUCCACGUGUGACCACGGUGUCGUGGCCAAGAUCAAGAGGGUCAUCAUGGAACGCGACACCUACCCCCGCAAGUGGGGCUUGGGGCCCAAGGCCAGCCAGAAGAAGAUGAUGAUCCAGAAGGGUCUGCUGGACAAACGCGGCAAAGCCAACGACAGCACUCCAUCAGACUGGAAGGAUGGCUACGUAGAUUACAGUGCGUCCAAGCCCAAGGCUGAAGAAACCGGCAAUGGGGACGCAAAGAGGAAGAGGGAAGACAGCGAUAGUGAUGCUGCGGCAGCCUCUGCACCUUCCACUCCAUCGGCAGACGACCCCAAGAAGAAGAAGGAGAAGAAAAAGAAAGGGAAAAAGCAAAAACUAGAGGAGCCAGCAGCAGAGGAGGAGCCAGCAGCAGAGGAGGAGCCAGCAGCAGAGGAGGAGCCAGCAGCAGAGGAGGAGCCAGCAGCAGAGGAGGAGCCAGCAGCAGAGACAGAAGGAGAGGUGGGCGAGAGUGCCAAGAAGAAAAAGAAGAAGAAGAAGAAGAAGGAAGUGGAUGCAGAAGCGGAGUGAAGAGCUUAUGGACAAUGAAAGGACCAUAGAACAUGAGGGUCAGAAUGAGUGCCUGCAGAUAUUUAUCCUACAGAUGCAACAGGUGCUGAAGAGGCAGCAGGCUGGGCAAGAACCGAGUAUAAUGUUUUUUGUUUUGUUAAUCUGUCCAGAAUGGCCACACAUGGAUAAUCAUAAGGGACUAGUCUUAUGAUCGUACGGUUGUGACAUCUCAACUAGAGCCCUGCACAGGUAUGAAUUUUAAGCUAGAGCCAUUCAGGCCCUACCCAUGCCUGCGACAUACCUGGGACUUUCAGGCCUUUACCCUACCCAGGCCUGAUUGCUGCUUCCAAAUGUAAAACCUGGCCCUACCUGAAAUCAGAAGUAACUUCCUCUGUUAAUAAAUCCGUUAGCUACUUCUAUCUGUCACUCAGUCCCUGGGCACAGGCAGCUGUCUCUACCUGCACUCUGAAUGUCCACAACAGCAGCUCCACGAAGGCUUCUCUGCUCAAUGACCGAGACAUGUUAAGUACUUCUGUCACUCUAAACUCCAACUCGAGGAACAUUUAUUUUCUGUGAAAUAAAUCUCUUCGGUCUUUAUUUGCGGUUGAAGUACUGACACCGUGUUAUGACUUUAGUCUGAUAUGACUAAUGCGCAGCAGAGCACGAGCAAGUGGCCCAGCUUAAAUGUUAGUGAUCAAUUUAGUGAUAACCGUACCCUAGUUAAUUUAUGGGGGGGAAACACAGGCCCUAACCUGACGUAUAAUGUCGUGGUAGCAGAGCCCUAAUUUCAACCAUCCCUGUAUGACCUUGUUUUUGUACUCAAAUUUAGUUUUUACACGUUUUAACUACUGUCCCUAUGUGGACAUUAGUUUUCUCUGGGCGUACCCUCAACAGUGUGAAAUGCCAUUGGCGUUUUUUCUUUUAUAUUGUACUGUAAAUACAAAUGAGCUGUUAUCAUAAAUUGUCAUUUGAAAUGAAAUGGUUUUUGUUAUGCUGCCUUUGUCCUUUCUACCCAGUUUCUAGGAUCUGAGGCCAUUUUCUGCAGUAUAAUGACUUCAAGGGGGAGAGGUAGAAUAAUUAAUUGAAUUUCGUAUUCAGAAGUACUUUUCACACCAACUGCCGUUGAAACACGACCAGUAAGUAAUAUGGUGUAGGAGGGAAAUUGAAUUCAGUUUGAAAGUGCCUUACAUGCGGUAUACCUUUCUGAGCUGAGACCAUAUAAUGAGGAACCUUGACAAUUUCAUGUAGAACACACGUUCUCCCUGUAUUUUAAUACAUGACCAUAUUGACAAUAUAGUUAUGUAAAAUUUCAUGACACCCUGUUUACAAUUCAACCCGAGAUAAGGAUACUGAUGAUGAAACCCUGUCAGGUAAAGCGGUGUUACGUUCACAGUAGUGGUCCUCUAUGCAUUAACAUGCUAAUAAUCAGCUGCAGUCGUAUGGCACCCAUCAUUCAGCACCUGAAAAGCCAGAAGCACUAAGAUCUUACAAACAUGUAAAAUAUCCCUUUGUGGUGAGUUUCAUUCUACGUUAUGAAAUAAAAUGGUAUCUUCUGUA